AUGGAGAUGAGGCUCCCGCCGCACCCCGUUGCUGUCCUCCUCAUGGUGGCCGCUUUCAGUCUGGACUGUUGCCAUGGUGCCAAAGUGCUGGUGAUGCCCACCAUCGUCUUUGACAGCCACCUUCGGGUCUUCAUGCGGGUGGCGGAGGCACUGAAUGACCGGGGUCACAACGCCACACUUCUCCUCCACGAGGGUCGGGAAUCCGAGCCCUUCCUGCCAGGCCUCCGAGUGCAAACGUACAGGGGGAUCUUCAGCACGGAGAGCGCGGACGCCUGGGUGCAGGAGAAGAUAAAGCGUGUCUUCCAGGGGAAGAAGACCUCCCUGGAGAUCUUCUCCUUCCUGGAAAAGUACUUGGAAAACUGUGAUCUAGUGCUGGGGGAUGCAGCCCUCCUGCAGCAGCUCCAGGGUGAGGGCUUUGACUUGUUCUUGGUAGACCCCAACGAGAUGUGUGGCUUCAUUCUGGCCCACCUCCUUGGCGUCAAAUACGCCGUGAUCUCCACCGGCUUCUGGUACCCAGCUGAGAUCGGUGCCACUUCCCCCAUCGCCUAUGUCCCCGAGUUCAACUCCCUGAUGACGGACAGGAUGGGGCUGGUGGGCCGGACUUGGAAUCUCCUGGUCUACGUGAUCACUCGCAUCGCCACCAAGCUGGUCAUCCUGCCCAAGUUCGACCGCCUCAUGCAGAAACACGGGGUGGAGCCGCAGAAGUCCAUGCUGGAGCUUGUCUAUGGGACCAGCCUCUUCUUCCUGUGCAAUGAUGUGGUGCUAGACUUUCCCAGGCCCACGCUCCCCCAUGUCAUUUUCACUGGGGGAAUCCUCGCUGAGCCUGAAAAGCCCCUUCCUGUGGGCUUGCGCCGCUGGGUGGAAGCUGCGGAUGCUGGUGUUGUCGUUGUCUCCUUUGGCAUUGGGAUCCGAGCGCUCCCGAGCGACUUGGUGGAGAAGAUGGCUGGGGCGUUUGCACGCCUUCCUCAGAGGGUCGUGUGGAGAUACUUUGGUCAGAAGCCAAAUAACCUGGGUGAGAAUACGCUGAUGAUGGAGUGGUUGCCCCAGAACGACCUGCUGGGUCACUCCAACGUGAAAGCCUUCAUCAGCCACUGUGGGAUGAAUGGCAUAUUCGAAGCAAUUUAUCACGGAGUGCCAAUUGUGGGGUUCCCUUUCUAUGGGGACCAGUUCGACAUCAUGACAAGAGUUCAGGCAAAAGGGAUGGGGAUUCUCAUGGACUGGAGCCGAGUAAGCGAAGAGGACCUUUACCAGGCCAUAGUCACCGUUCUCUCCAACCCCAGCUACAAUAAAGCAGCCAAGCAGAUCUCAGCCCUGCACCGAGACACGCCUAUGCACGCUCUGAACCGCACGGUGUACUGGCUGGAGUACAUCCUCCGCCACGACGGGGCACCGUACCUUCGCCCAGCCGUCUACGACCUCUCCUUCUACGAGUACUUCUGCCUGGAUAUCCUUGCUCUCUUCCUUCUCUGUCUGGCGUCUGUUGCCUAUGCCCUGUACAAAGCCAUUGUGUGGUACUGGGGAAAGAGUGCCAGCCCCAUGCAUCUGAACGGCAACUGUCUGAAUGGCCAUCUGAUGGAGGGGAAGAAGGCGCAGUAG